GGCUCGCCCUUCACGCCGGCCGCCCCUCAGGGCCGCCUUCGCCGACCCGCGCGCGCCCGGGCGGCCGGUGGGCGGGGCCUCCCCGUGACGUCACACUUGGCAUCGAGUCUCCGCCCCUCUCCCCUCCCGGCCGGUAUAUAAGACUCGGCAGAGCGUUCGCACCGGCACGAGCGGAGCGGGUGACGGGCGAGGCUGGGCGGUGUAGGAGGUGGCUGGGGCUCGAGGGUCGGGACGGGCACGGACGCGUGUCCGCGCGCUGCAGCCGGGCAGCCCAAGGCGGUGCGCGCGGAGGGGAGGGAGACGAGGCGACGACCAUGGAACUCUUGAGGACUAUCACCUACCAGCCGGCCGCCAGCACCAAGAUGUGCGAGCAGGCGCUGGGCAAGGCUGGCGCCGGGGACUCGAAGAAGAAGCGACCGCAGCAGCCCCCCGAGGAGCCGCAGGUGCAGGUGCCGCCGGCGGCCCCGCACCACCAUCACCACCAUUCGCACUCGGGACCCGAGAUCUCGCGGAUUAUCGUCGAUCCCACCACGGGGAAGCGCUACUGCCGGGGCAAAGUGCUGGGGAAGGGUGGCUUUGCAAAAUGUUACGAGAUGACAGAUCUGACAAACAACAAAGUCUACGCUGCAAAAAUCAUUCCUCACAGCAGAGUAGCCAAACCUCAUCAAAGGGAAAAGAUCGACAAAGAAAUAGAGCUUCACAGAAUUCUUCAUCACAAGCACGUGGUGCAGUUUUACCACUACUUCGAGGACAAAGAAAACAUUUACAUUCUCCUGGAAUAUUGCAGCCGAAGGUCGAUGGCUCACAUCCUGAAAGCAAGAAAGGUGUUGACGGAGCCAGAAGUCCGAUACUACCUCAGGCAGAUUGUGUCUGGGCUCAAAUACCUUCAUGAGCAAGAAAUCCUGCACAGAGAUCUCAAACUAGGCAACUUCUUUAUUAAUGAAGCCAUGGAACUAAAAGUGGGGGACUUCGGGUUGGCAGCCAGGCUGGAACCCUUGGAGCACAGAAGGAGAACAAUAUGUGGUACCCCAAAUUAUCUCUCUCCCGAGGUCCUCAACAAACAAGGGCAUGGCUGUGAAUCAGACAUUUGGGCAUUAGGCUGUGUAAUGUACACAAUGUUACUAGGAAGGCCCCCAUUUGAAACUACGAAUCUGAAAGAAACCUACAGGUGUAUAAGGGAAGCAAGGUAUACCAUGCCGUCGUCUUUGCUGGCUCCCGCAAAGCAUUUAAUAGCCAGCAUGUUGUCCAAAAACCCGGAGGAUCGGCCCAGUUUGGAUGACAUCAUACGGCAUGACUUCUUCUUGCAGGGCUUCACUCCAGACAGACUUUCCUCCAGCUGUUGUCAUACAGUACCAGAUUUCCACUUAUCAAGCCCAGCUAAAAAUUUCUUUAAGAAGGCGGCUGCUGCUCUUUUUGGUGGCAAAAAAGACAAAGCAAGAUAUAUUGACACACACAAUAGAGUGUCUAAAGAAGAUGAGGAAAUUUACAAGCUAAGGCAUGACUUGAAAAAGACUUCAAUAACUCAACAACCCAGCAAACAUAGGCCAGAUGAGGAGCUCCAGCCACCUGCCACCACGGUUGCCAGAACUGGAACACCUGCAACAGAGAGCAAGCAGCAGAUGGGAGAUGCCAUCCGGAUGAUCGUCAGAGGGACCCUGGGCAGCUGCAGUAGCAGCAGUGAAUGCCUUGAAGACAGUACCAUGGGAAGUGUAGCAGACACUGUGGCAAGGGUGCUUCGGGGAUGUCUGGAGAACAUGCCGGAGGCUGACUGCCUCCCCAAGGAGCAGCUGACCACAUCCUUUCAGUGGGUCACCAAAUGGGUCGAUUACUCUAACAAGUAUGGCUUCGGGUACCAGCUCUCAGACCACACUGUUGGGGUGCUCUUCAACAAUGGUGCCCACAUGAGCCUCCUUCCAGACAAAAAAACGGUCCACUAUUAUGCAGAGCUUGGCCAGUGUUCUGUUUUCCCAGCAACAGAUGCCCCUGAACAAUUCAUCAGUCAAGUGACGGUGCUGAAAUACUUCUCUCAUUACAUGGAGGAGAACCUCAUGGAUGGCGGUGAUCUCCCCAGUGUUACUGAUGUCCGAAGACCUCGGCUCUACCUCCUUCAGUGGCUAAAAUCUGAUAAGGCCUUAAUGAUGCUCUUCAAUGAUGGCACCUUUCAGGUGAAUUUCUACCAUGAUCAUACAAAAAUAAUCAUCUGUAGUCAAAAUGAAGAAUACCUUCUUACUUACAUCAACGAGGAGAGGAUAUCUACAACUUUCCGACUAACAACUCUGUUGAUGUCGGGCUGUUCCUUAGAAUUGAAGCAUCGGAUGGAAUAUGCCCUGAACAUGCUCCUACAGAGAUGUAACUAAAAGGCUUUGUGAAUGGACCCUAUGGGACUCCUCUUUGCCACUGUGAGCUCUGCAGGGAAGCCGGUGGAAUGCUCUAGAGCAUGCUGAAGGAGAUGGACAGGUGGUGGUACGAAAAAACUCUGUGGCCUUCUGGGCUGAGUAGAGCCAGAUCAGGCUGAGGCACACAGUUCUCGACUUUGGACAAUCCCAGGAGUGAACCAAAAUGCAGUUUUUCUUGAGAUAACCUGUUUUGAAAGGCAAUUUCGCAGAAAGGUGCAUUGACUCAACUUCUCUCUGUUGAGAGCAUUUCAGCCAGAGGACUUGGAACUGUGAAUAUACUUCCUGAAGAGGAGGCCGAAGGGAGGAAGCUCCCAAUGUCGUUUAAAGGCUGUAAUCAGAGCAGCUUUUGGCUGCUUAACUGUGAACUAUGGCCAUAUAUGAAUUUUUUUUGUCAUUGUCGUUGUCCUUUUUUUUUUUUAAAGACAUUUGUGGCUGGAAAAGUGCAUUCCUUGUUAAUAAACUUAUUUAUUACAGCCCAAAGAGCAGUAUUUAUUAUCAAAAUGUUCUUUUUUUAUGUUGAUCAUUUUAAACUGUUGGCAAUAAAGAGAAUGAAAA